AUGGAAUUCCUGGGCGACCAUGAACUAUCAAGGUACAGUCUUGUUCCGCCUCCCUCUGCAGAAUCAAGGAGGACUGCCGGGGAGUUGGACCAAAAUGGCUCAGUGUCAUCAGGACUGAUGUCCAGGCUCGGGGUGCUAGAACGAACGGGCGCUGCAUCGGCGCAUCAUGUUCAAGCCCCUGUACGCGUGGCAAGGGUGGGUGUGUGCGAGAGUUUUGGCACGCAAGGAUCUGCCUCGUCCCAGGCGAGUGCGGAUGAUGCGGUGGUGGGGGAUUCGGGAGGGCAAGAUGCGACCGCUGAGGCAACAUCUGGAUGGAUUAAAAGGGUGCGUGUGGGAAAGGCUGCUGUCGAAAGGGAGUUCAAUCCGAACAGAAAAAGUGCUCUGGAAAUUUCUGUUAGGGAAUUUGUUGAACACAAGGAGGGAAUUGUAGUGAACCCAACCAUUGGCAAAUCCUUUGAUUCCCUGGACGAGGCUUAUGACUUCUACAACCUAUAUUCAUGGGAAAGCGGAUUUGGGGUUAGGUUAGCAAAGAGCCGAUUGAAUGUUCACCGAAUGAAAUGUAUGCAGGAGAUUGUCUGUGGUUGCGCGGUAUGUGUCACACCAUGCUAA